AUGACUUUAAGUUUAAGAGACAUCAAUGGUUGCGAUUCUAGUUUGUUCAAUUACCGCCAUUUCUCUAAAAUUUCGAUUUUGAACGAUACUUUACAAAGAGGAAAUAAAAAGAAUGAUAGUAAUAGUGAUAGCAAUAGUAAUGAGAUUCACUUAGGAUUGGAUCGAUCAUUAAGACAAAUAUUCGAUAAACCUUUGAAAUCUAAUAAUGAAUAUGAAGGUGAAAAUUGGAGUGAAGCGGUUUGCAGUUCUAAGGCCAGAAUGAUGUCAGACAGAUUAUUAAAUAUUGAUAGUGAUAGUGUUCUCGAUUUUUCCUUAGCAUCAGCUCGUAAAUUAAACAACUUGGAUGGUUCAGUUCAGCUGUUUACACCGACGGUGGUUGCUAACAAUAGCCAAUUGAAUUUAGAUGAAUUAAAUGCUCACUUAUCAUUACUUUUACAAGAUACCUUAGACAUUAAGGAAACCGAUUCUCUAUUGAUGAAAUUGGGGUUACAGUUAAUUCCACAAACGGUUAAACUAAAUCAGGCGUUAACAAGAUUUGACAACGAUCCUAAGGGUAAAGCUACCAAUAAAAGUGUCAGCAAAUUCGUUGAGUUUUGUAAUCAAUCAAUUGAUGAAAUUUGGUUACCAUAUCUUGCCGAAGGGCUCAAUUUUGUAAAACAGGCUCUGCAAGUAUUGGAAACGUUUAAGGAUCAAUACACCAAGGUUGAAUUGAAAACAACUGCUGAUGAUGGAUUGAAACUUCUAAUUCAUCAGUGGUCAAUGUUAAAUUAUUUCCCUAUGGUAUUAAUCAACUCUUUAAAUUUUAAAGUUUUGUUUCCAUCUGAAAACAUUGGUAACUCCGAAACUCAGAUGGCGCUAACAAACAACGAAUUGUUCAAAAUAUUGUUCGUUACACUGUCAUUAGAAAUAAGCAAGACAUUUAUCAAAUCAGUUAAGAUUUUAAUGGAUUUAAAAGCCUACGAGAAGUUUGAAAAUAGUUCAAUUAUAUCAACUGUGGCUACAUUACUCGAUUCAACGGUUGAAACUCAUACUGGCGAAAUAAUGAUUGGUAUUGGUCAGUUGAUUAGAGAGUGGAUCACAGAAAGAUCUAAAAUCGAUCCUCUAUGUACAAUUGCAUGGAACCAAUGGUCUCAAAGUGUAUUGCAAGACUACAGAAUUCGUUUCCGUAAUGAUAUUUCCGCAUUUUCGUCGAGUACAGACGAAGGGGAAGAUGACGCUCAAUUGGCAGAAUUGAUGUUCGAUAAAUUUGACGUUGGUAGAAUAUUUGUGGAGGAAAUCUUCAAAUUUACACAACCGGAAAAAAAGGCAAAACCUACAUUUAAUGGCAAUUCUCUCGGCUGGCUAACUAUAUUUGAUGAGAAUGAAAAUAACAGUACUCAUGGAUCCCCAAAUCGCAAUGGUGGUGAACAUCUUUCGCCUGUCUACGCCAACAACACAUUAAGGAGUUUAUUCCCACCAAUAUCAUCAAGAAAUGCUAUUGUCGGAUCUAGUAAUACACUACGUACGGCUACUACUGCGAAUAACUGCAAGAAAGCCAUAGUCAAACAAUGGGCCCACACAUUGAAACAGAAAUUUCAAGAUUUUUUCCACUUACAUAGACAGCCAUCCAUCAUCUCAUCGGUACGUUAUUAUAGGGCCGCCACAAAUGCCGCGAACCUUCAUAACCACGCAACCCGCCAUCUCGCACCUUUUCCCGGAGAUAUUACUAUAUUCGCGGAGGAUCAACGCUCUCACGUUGAAAAGCUGACAAAAAAGCUGUAUAAGAAGGAGGAGAAGGGCAGACGGAAAAGAGAUGCGCUUCGAGUAAUAUUCAGUUAA